AUGAGCGUCAACAGAGAUAUGUCUGAUAGCGACGGAUUUAUUCAGCCCUUUGAGAGAACAAUGGUGCUGUUUGACGAUGACAAGAAUAUCAUUCAGUCUCCAACAUCGUCUGCUUCUCAGAUUUACACGCCUGGCGGCUCCAUGAGCUCAGAGUCGACUCACAGUACACUUUUUGGACAACAACACUUGAAAGGAGAAGGGAUUCCUGGUAGCAUGCACUCUCCUGUGGCAGCAUUGGACGAUAUAGCGGAGAGCACAGACCUUCAAGCCCUUCAAGCCUCUCGGGAGAACACCAAACCAGAAUCGCAUCUUAGCGCUGCGGAUUCUAGUACUACUGCAGUUGGUAAUUCUAUAAAUGAAGACCUAUCGCGAGCUGUUGGUGUUAACGUCAAUGAACCUGACGCCAAAGCACCACCACCGCCAGCACCACUCGGUGAUUCAUUAGGUCAUGUCGAUGUUGGACCGCUUCCCAUUGCUCCAGAACAGGUGUCACGUCCAAAUGGCGCCGAAAGUAAGGCUUUAAAACGGAAAUAUUCUCGCAAUGGUUGUGCAGAAUGCAAGAGACGGCGUAUGAAAUGUGACGAGGGAAAACCUACCUGCUGGCAAUGCGCGCGUCUGAACAGAGAGUGCGUCUAUGUGAUACGAACAAAGAAUCGAAAGCGAAGAUCCAAAAAUGAAGGCGCCCCGGUGGAGAGUGACCUGCCUUCUCGCGUGCAAAAGGCAAAGUUCAGCCCCAAACCGCCGAGAGAUAUGAACAGUUUUGUGCAUCCCUCCGCUACCCCCGAACUCCCUAUAACAUCUAUGAGCUCAACGUCCCCUGUGCCUGAGCUACCUAGCCUGAUCCCCUCGAAAAACGUCAACGCGUUUGACGCCAAUCUUUUGAUGAGAAAUCUUAACGACAUCGUGAACAUGAAGCUGAAUGAUUCUAUCAUAUACGAUGACCUCAAAACAAUUGAUUUCUCUGACCUAGACAUUCCAGAGCUCAACUUGAUUAAUACGGAGCAGCCGUGUCCCGCAGUGCCGAUAUCCUUUCUGGUUGAUAGCAUUAUGACAUUUAACAUGAGUUUGGAGUCAUUUAAACUUGGGGGUUCUAAUGACAAGUACCUGGAAGUCUUCUACUAUGAUUGCUUGGAUUCCAUCGCACCAUUUUUUCAGGGCCAAAGCAAUCCACUGAGAGAUAUCUUACUCUCUUUUGCAAAAGGCGAGCCUUAUCUAUUGUCUGCCAUAUUAGCUGUGGGUGCAUCCAUUGCUCACAGGAAAACUAAUAACGUAGAGGACGAAAAAUGCUAUUGUGCCUAUUUGUCUCAUUGUUUAGGGCUCCUCACGGAACAGUUCAAGGACGAGACCAAUGUCUACAACAAAAUAGAACCAAUUAUUCUAACCGUUCUCAUGCUAACAUGGGAUUGCAUAUACACCAUGAACAGCCAGUGGAGAUCGCACUUGAAAGGUGUGACGGAAUUAUUCGAGAAAAUCAAUUCUGGAAGCUCCUCAAAAGUUUUGAAUGUCGCCAAAUGUUGGUUCAAAGUCAUUGAGACAUUUGCCAGUAUCAGCACUGUAUCAGGUGGCGCUUUAAUAGAAGAGAACGAUUUGAAUUUGAUUUUCGAUCCGUAUGAUUAUCAAUACAUCGAAUCGUUGAAGUUUCUGAAUAUUAUGACUCCGCUCAAUGAGUUUAAUCUUUUGCGAGGGCACAAAGAGGAUUUUGAUUUAGUAAUUAAGGAGGUUUUUAAAGCUUUGAAUGCUAUCCGGCAUUCAGAAAAGAGGUAUUUUUCUGAGCAGGAUGGUAUUUUUGAUAAAAACCUGGAUUACUUAUUGUGGUCAAACCCUAAUACAGAGAAUUUCAAGCAACAGUUAUCGUACUUUAAAAUUCAGAAAAUAUUGGUCGAGAUUGACAGACAGUCAGACUACGUUUUUAUCGACAAGACAGGGAUUAUUCCACAGUUCAAUCAAUCACAUCCAAACGUCAGUAAAAUUGCGGAUAAUGCCAUUGAUAUGGUCAAACUGCGAAGUGGCGAAGAAAUUGCAAUAAGCUGGUAUGACAUUUCUCACCAAACUCAAGUUCUGUCGUUCCUGUUAAUUGUACUCCUCAAAUUGCUUGGUAUUCCUAAAGAGUCAAUCGCAAUCCAACAAGUAGUGCAUAGAAUUACGAGCUUUUUUGGGUUUUUGGACAGUGAGAACCCACCACGAAACUUGCGAACUUGUUAUUGUAACUUCGCCAUUUUGGUUGCUGGCCUUAAUGCAAUCGACGAAGGAACAAGAAAUGUGAUAAGAAGCUAUUACAAGCUCAAUGGUGAUCGAUUUCAAAGACUCACAGAGCACAAUUUGAACCGACUUGAAAAAGUAUGGUACGGUAAUGAAAAAGGAUAUAAAUUGGAAGAUCAAGAUGUAUUAACAUGGUAG